AGUUCAUCUCCCACUUUGAGGCUUCCCGCCUCUCCAUUUCGCGGUUUUCUUCUUUAAGCAAUUAACAGAGCAAAACUUUCAUUUCAUUCUGAAAUCAUCGUUACAGCAACCCUGCACACGUCAGCUCAAACCAGUGAAAUCAUAGUAACUUUCUUUUAUCUUAACGUCAGAAUCAAUUUUAUUUGAAAAAAAAUAUAUAUAUAUAAACCGGAAAAUAAUAUUUAUAAUUAUUAUUUGUUAAUUUAAUAAUAAAUAUUCAAUUUUUUUUUAUUUUUAAAAUGAAGUUUAAGUGUGUUGUGUUUUAUGUUAAUGGAUUAUUUAUUCUUGGAAUAUCUGGGCUUAAUUCAUUUGAUGUCAAUCGGAUUAUUUUUGCUGAUUCUGAUAAUCAUAAUAUUUCAAAGGUCAGAAUAACAUCAGGUUUACAAGCAAAACUAUCACCAAUACAUCAACAACAAAUUUUAAACGAUGUUCAACAACAUCAACUACGUCAUGAUGCCUCUCAAAAAAAUCAUAUUAUAACCGUGCCAAAUCAAUCAGAAGAUACAACCGUUGGUUCUUCAAUCUAUCCGUCAUUUGUUAAAUAUCGAGUAGAUCAAAAUUCUAAUCGUUCAAAAAAACCAGUUAUUUCAAAUGUUAAUUAUUAUAAUCAAUCAAAUUCAAAUCACCCAACAACACCACCACAGCUCAAUUCAUCAACUGUCAACCAUUCACCAUCUAAUUUGGGUUCUUCAUUAUUUAGAAAAUUUACUCCAGAAGAGUCAGAAAUAUUUUUAAAAGCUAUUGCAGCACAUCAAGUUAAAUUUAUUGAACCAAAAAACUCACAAAAAACAACGAUAAAUCCAAUCAAAGAUAAUAUUAAUAAUGAUAAAUAUUCAAAAGUUUUAUUAUCAUCUUCUGAAGAUCAACAUCAAACAAAUCAACAUAAGACAAAUUUAGAUUUGAUUGAAAAUAAUGAUGAUACUGUUGAUGACAUACAAACAAAUGAAUCAGAAUUAAUAAAUAUUCAAAGAGAAUUAAGUAAAUCUAAAAAUAUAAUAACACCAGAUAAAUUAAUAUUAAAUAAAUUAAAUCAAAAAACAAUACCAACAUUAAAUAACAAAAAAUUAGAAUAUAUUGAAAAAUCAAUAGAUCAAAAUCAAUCAGAUAAAAAAGUAACUUUUGUUAUACUUGAAGAACAAUUUGAUGGUACUUUUCAUAUACAAGGAGUUAAAAGUAGCUCAGAUAAAAAAGAUUCAAAUGAUGUUAAAUCAAUAAUUGAUAAAAUAAAAAAAGGUGAAAUUGAUUUUGUACAACCAAAAGAAUCAUCAAUAUCAAUGAAUCAUAGUAUACUAACAAUGAUAAAACCUUUAACAAACAAAACAACAACAGUUAAUUUAAAUACAUUAACAAAAUCUCAAGAUAAUGAAUUUAUUGAAAAUUCAAAGUCAUCAUUUGUUUCUUCAACAACACCAAAUUAUCAAUAUGAUAAUUAUGUUACAUCUGCAUCAACUGCUUCACCAAAUUAUUAUAAAAAUUUAGAAAGUAUUAAAUCAACGACAGUGAAAGCAAUAACACCUUCAUAUAUAUUUUUACCAAAAAAUUAUUCUCCUUCAUCAAUUAAAUUAGAUUCAACAACAGAAAAUGUUUCGAAAAUAAAUACAGCUAUAAUUAAUGAUGCUGAUAAUUUAGACUUCAAUGAUAUUAAAAAUAAAAAUUCAAAAACAAAUUAUUUAUCAAAUCAAUAUUCAUCAAAUUCAAUGGAAAAUUUAUUAAAAGCAAAUGGAUUUUUUUCUAUGGCAAAAUAUCUUUUACAAUCUGGUCUUAACACAGUAUUAAAUGAAACAGGUCCUUAUACAGUUUUUAUUCCAAGUGAUAGAGCAUUUGAUAAACUAUUAAUUCAUUUGGGAGGUGCUGAAAAAGCUGAGCGAAAAUUCAAAGAAAAUCCACGACUAUUAAGUGGGCUUUUACUACAUCAUGCUAUUCCAGGAGCUUUUGAUACUGAUUCUCUUCAAGAUGAAAUGACUGGAGUGAGUCUUGCUGGAACUCAAUUGCGAGUCAAUGUUUACAAUAAGGAUGACAACGAUCGGGACAGUACCAAUAAAAUAACAACAAUAAAUGGAGCAAAAAUAGUAUCAACAAAACAAAAUAUCCAGUUACCACAGGGUGUAGCACAUGAAAUGGAUCGAGUAAUGUUUCCUUUACCAAUUGGAGACUUGAUGCAAACUCUUGCUGCUGAUCGUGAACAACGUUUUGGUCAAUUUUUAAAAAUGUUACAUGCAUCAGGACUUGACAGAAUACUAACUGGAACACGAACAUAUACAAUUUUUGCACCAAUAGAUAAAUACUUUGAGUCAAAUGCUGGACAUAAUAAAACUUCUUUUAGAUCGAAAAAUUUAAAAGAAAUUAUAUCACGACAUAUAUUACCAACAACACUGUAUACAGCUGGAAUAAGUCAUUAUCGUGAGAUGAAUACAAUUUUGCCACGAUUUACACUUAGAAUAUGGAAAGACGAUGGACAAAUUACUGUUAAUGAUGCUGUUGUAGUAAAUCGUAAUAUUCCAGCUACAAAUGGUGUGAUACAUGCAAUUGAUUCGAUACUUUAAUCAAAACCAAAAUGAUUUAUACAAGGCUACUCAAAUGCUCAAUUUAUUCAACUCUUUUAAACAUAAGUCAUCGUUCCAUAUAUUAUGUUAGUUUUUUGAUUUAAUUCAUAAUAAAUUUUCUAGUAAGCUGCGGUGAUGGAAGUCGAUGACGGUGUCGAAAAAAUAUAAAAAAUAAAAUCUACCAAAAACUAACGAAAACAACAGCAAUACUUUUACUUUUCAUUUUAGUUAUUUGUAAAUGAAAAGUUGACUGACAUUCAUCAAUAAAAAAGUAUUUUUGUGUGUUGUAUUUUCGUUAAUUUUUUCAAACGAGUCGUCGAAUAUUUUAUCGUUAAGAAAAAUAGCUCAAGUGACGAAUUGAUGGUACGACAGUGUCAAAUGUGUUGAGACUGGAAGAGUAAAAUAACGCAUUACCAGUAUUUACUAACAAUAAGAAUUAAAAAUUCAAUAAAAAUUGCUUACAAGUUGUUGUACAUGAUGUAAAUUUUAAUUGAUAAUAAAAAAAUAUAUUCUCGUU